AUGAAUAAAACAACAGUAAUUAUAUCAAACGGCAUAUCAAUAAAUAUUAAUUCAACAAUGUCUUAUCAAACAAUACUUAUUGAUCAAACUUUACAACAACCAACAAGACAAGCAACAUUUAUUGGUGCAAUACUUGCAUUUGUUUUCAUUUUUUUGGGUCUUGUUGGUAAUAUACUUCUUAUAACAACAAUACUUUCUGUAAAAAAACUUCGAACAAAUAUUAUUAAUAUAUUUAUUGUUUCGUUACAAUUCAAUGAUUUACUUAAUAUUGGUUUCAAUCAACUCUUUGUUGGCCUUUCCUAUGCUAAUCGUGGUUGGCUUGGUGGACCUUUAAUAUGUAAUUUAGUUGUCUAUUUUUCAACAGUUUGCAUGGGUUGUCUUCUAUGGCAUCAUUGUCUAAUUGCUAUACAUAGAUUUAUUGUUGUCGUUUAUCCAAGCUUAUUACGUCGUAUGUCUGUUAAAACUUAUGUUAUUGUUUCACUUGUUGUAACACGAAUAUUACCAAUAAUUUGUUGUAUACCAUCAUUUAUAACAAAUUCAAUUGAAUAUUCAUCUCAAGCAUUACGUUGUUCAAUACGUAGUAAAUUACAAAUAUUUAUUAAUUUAACUAUAUUAAUUAUAUUACCAAAUGUAAUAAUAAUAUUUUGUUUUGUUGGAAUAUUUUGUCAUGUUUAUCAUGCAUCAUAUACAAGUGGACGUACAAAUGGAAAUACAGUAUCAAUAUCACAUUCAUUAAGACGUGAAAUACGUAUUACAAAAAUGUUUGCAGUUUUAUUUACAUUAUUUUUUCUUGGUUAUCAUCCAUAUGGUUUUGUACGAGCCUAUGAUAAACGUCGACAAUUACAUCCUGAUAUAUUUGUUUUAUUAACAUUACUUUAUUGUAUAUCAAUAUGUGCAUCACCAUUUGUCUAUGGUAUAAUGAAUAAUCAAUUACGUCAUGAAUGUAUGAGAGUUAUAUUUAAUUGUUGGCAUUGUCAAAAAAUUGAUGAUUAUAAAAAAUAUUCUCAUCAUCGUUUAAAUUCAACUACAACACAGGCAUUAACUGUAGUUAAUGAUACUGGAGAUGAUUAUCAAGCUAGUCAAUCAUCAGUAUCUAUGCGAGAUUUAACAUGUACAUUAAAAAGAAAAAAAACUUCAAGCGUAAUCAUAUUUGAUACUGCUCAUGUUUAA